AUGAAUUUCCCAAGUAAUCCAAUACUCAUCGUUGGUGGGGGAUUAGCAGGCUUAUCAGCAGCUCAUGAAGCUUACCUUCGCGGUGCAAACGUUGUACUAUUUGACAAGCAAGGAUUCUUGAGCGGUAAUAGUGGUAAAGCUACUUCUGGUAUCAAUGGGGCUCUUACCCGAACACAAGUAUCAUUAUCAAUAAAGGACUCUGUGCAGCAGUUUUAUGAAGACACAUUGAAGACGGCGAAGGAUAGAGCAAAUCCCUCACUCAUUAAAGUUUUGACAUACCAUAGUGCUGACGCGGUACAUUGGCUUCAAGAUGUCUUCAACCUUGACCUUACAGUGGUGUCAAGACUAGGUGGACACUCUCAGCCACGAACUCAUCGAGGAAAGGAUGCAAAAUUCCCCGGUAUGGCAAUCACAUACAAAUUAUUGGAAACAUUGGAGAACUUGGCAGAGCAACAUCCUGAGCGUGUGAUGAUUCUCAAGAAUACUCAGGUUAUUGAUCUCUUAGUCGAUGAGAACAUCACGUAUCGCGUGCUUGGCGUGAAAUACAAAAAUCUCAAAACAAAGGAGAAAAGCGAACUUCAGGGACCUGUGAUUUUGGCCACCGGGGGAUAUGCAGCUGAUUUUACAAAGAAUUCUUUAUUACGUAAAUACAGACCUGAUAUCAUUGACUUGCCCUCCACAAAUGGAAACCAUGCGACUGGUGAUGGCCAGAAGCUUGUGAUGAAGCACUCAGGAAUAGCUAUCGACAUGGAUAAGGUUCAGGUCCAUCCCACGGGCCUAAUUGACUAUACUCAGACAGAUAUUGUCGAGGGCCGUUCGACACCCCGGUUUCUCUUUCUUGGUGCCGAAGCUUUGCGUGGAGAGGGUGGAAUUAUCUUGAACAAGAAUGGCGAUCGAUUCUGUGAUGAGCUUGGCACUCGCGAUUACGUAAGCGGUGAAAUGGAGAAGCAAAUAAAUCAGGGAAAUGGUCCGUUACAUUUGAUUUUAAAUGAAAAAUGCGAAGAGAAACUUUCUUUCCACAUAAAACAUUAUGAGCAAAGGAAGCUCAUGAAGCUGGUUUCUGGCGCUGAAUUAGCAAAAGAGUUGAAAAUUCCAAUUUCCAAACUAAAGAAAAGCCUUGAUGCUUACAAUAAGGCCGCUAAAGGAGAGAUCAGUGACCUUUAUGGUAAGAAGUUCUUUCCUGCAACUCCAUUUGUGAUUGCGGAGGACGAACGAUAUCAUUUCUCUUAUAUUACUAGGGUUCUUCAUUUCACGAUGGGUGGUGUGAAGAUCAAUGACAAGACUGAGGUCAUGUUUAAGGGGGAAGCGGAGGUUCCUUUCGAGGGCUUGUUUGCAGCUGGAGAAGUUGCAGGAGGUAUUCAUGGCCAUAAUCGUCUUGGGGGAUCAUCAUUGUUGGCCUGUGUGGUCUAUGGAAGGCUUGCAGCAGAUCAAGCGGCAAGUCUAAUGUUGCGAAGACUUGCAUCAGUUGAACCGGAGAACAAAACCCAACUAGCGAGGGAUAGAUUGCACCAAGUCAGUCUACAUAUCGAUCCUCACUCCAAACGUGUUACAAUUGAUCUAGGAAGUGAAAUCGCCGAUCACAAAGCUUGUCCUGAUUCGAUCGCAAUGAAUGGAGAAAAUAGAUCUAAACAGCCGAGCAAAGUACAGACGGAGCAGAAUGGUCGUUCUCAGGGUAAAACCUUGACUGGAUUCAGGGUUCCUCUGAGGGAAUUCACAAUGGAGGAAGUGAGUAAACAUAACAAAGAGAGUGACUGCUGGGUAGUAGUGAAAAAUGUCGUUCUUGACUUGACUCAAUUUUUAGAUGAUCACCCCGGUGGACGAGAGUCAAUAAUCAAGUUUGCUGGACAAGACGCUACAGAAAGUUUUGACAUGUUACACGAGGAUAAUGUGAUCAAGAGAUAUGCACCUCAAUGUGUUUUGGGUAGGCUAAAGGGUCAUGAGCCAAACCUAGACAUAGAUUCUUAA